AGUUGGAGCGGUGCUUCAGAUCUUUGGGCUACUUCACAGUUCUCCUCAGAGGGCUCACCCAGACUGCUCUGGACGAGUUUAUUUGUUUAUCUUUUAAUCCUCGACUUUUACAGCCGAGGAAACGAUGCGGCUCAUCCAGAACAUGACGACCAUAGCGGAGUGCACCGCACCUGAAAACUCCGUCCCGAGCCGGGUCAUUAAAAUAGCUGUUAUUGGAGGCAGCGGAGUGGGCAAAACCGCUCUGGUGGUGAGAUUUUUAACCAGGCGUUUCAUUGGAGACUAUGAGCGAAAUGCAGGUAACCUGUACUCCAGAGAGGUCCAGGUGGACGGAGAACAAGUGAUCAUUCAGGUUCAGGACACUCCUGGUGCAGAGAUGACUGAUAACGGUAUCGGCCUGCCUGACCACGUCAGCUGCUCCAUCCAGUGGGCUGAUGCCGUGGUGCUGGUGUACUCCGUGACAGACCGAGGCAGCUUUGAUUUGGUGGAUCAGCUACAUCAGCUGGUCGUUCGUGCAGGUGGGUCCAACAUGCCUCCUGUGAUCCUGCUGGCUAACAAAGCAGACCUGCUGCACCUGCGGUGUGUUGACUCCCAGCAGGGCCCUCUGUUGGCGAGCUCACUGGGCUGCGCCUCCUACGAGGUUUCUGCCAGCGAAGACUAUAACCAGGUGCAUGAGGCUUUCCACAGGCUGUGCUGCCAGCUAGCCAAGCAGCCACCCUGUACUGCUGGCCCCUCACACACCUCUGCUGGUGCUGCCACGGAGAAGAGACGCUCCCCCCUCAUCCCCCGACCAAAAUCUCCCAACAUGCAAGAUCUGAAGAGACGCUUUAAGCAGGCGCUGUCAGCAAAAGUCAGGACUGUCACGUUAGUGUGAGGAAAGCUGCUGAAACUGAUCCUGAGUGGUCCUAAUGGAAGGACAGAGCUUCUCCACUUGAUGUCCAGUCAGACUGAAGGCAACAGUGAGAUGAACGUCUGUCUAACAGAAGGUAAAUGAUCUGAAGAGGUGUGGACCUCCUGCUGGGCAGGAGUCAGUCGUGUCUGAAAACGUGUAAAG